AGCCACAGCACAGCAGAUGCUGUGACCGUCGCCAUGAUGAGCUGGGAUUUUGCCUGCAGCAGCAGCAAGCUGUAGCGCGAGACGGCAAGCGACCAGGGAGGCAAGGGAGGAAGGCAGUGUCCUGGAUUGGUAUGAGCAAGAAUAUAGCUUUUUUCUUGACAGGAAAGCGCUCAACACGUCCGAGAAACCGCAUUUUCGACGGAUACAGCAAUGGACAUAUACUCGAACCAUCGUUUUAAAUUGUGAAGAGGGCCAGGCUGAUGAUUUUAGAAGAAUUGGAAUUAAAGGAAAAAACUAGCUAGCUAAGCCUUUCGCCCUUCUAUUCUCAGACACAACAGAGGAGGGGCAUUGGGGCUUUGUAGCAUUGCAGAUCUAGUGUUGAUGCAUUUUUGUCGCUGCAGAAAAUUGAUAACCACAGAUAUCAACAACUCAGGGGAUUGCUAUAACUGCAUUGUCACGGGUAAUAUUUUCAUUGGGAGGAUUUUUGCCAGGAGAAGACUAGAAAAAUACGAAAGGAAAUAAUACCAGUGGCUUUCAUUAGGCUAACAAUACGUCAAAAUCUGCCGGCCAGGGCAGGAUCUGGUAAUUGUGAGUUCUUUAUGUGUCUUGGGGGAACAGGUUAGCUAGCUAAAUAAAAUGAGGAAAAUGUACAUGUCUCGCUCACCUCGGAGAUACUCUAUCGAUACUUUUGUGAGAGGUGGAUCAUGAUAUAUCUAUUUUAGCUCGCAAAUAACUUGCUUGGAUCAAAACUUCAAAGUUUUUUUCAUUUUGCUACAAGGUGAGACAAGCUAGGCUAACAUCUGUUCGUCCCCGGUAAACCUGAAUAUAAGGCUGAACUAUUUAAGUGAGUUUCUAUAAUUUCCACUACUACCAUCACCUGACUACAGUUCGAAUCAUGUCGGGAGAGGUCCGUUUGAAGAAACUGGAAAAGCUGAUCCUGGACGGCCCAGCUCAGUCAAAUGGCCAAUGCCUUAGUGUGGAAACGCUAUUGGAUAUCCUUAUCUGCCUAUAUGAUGAGUGCAACAACUCACCCCUCAGAAGAGAGAAAAACAUAUUGGAGUUUCUAGAUUGGGCCAAACCCUUCACCUCCAAGGUGAAACAGAUGCGCCUGCACAAAGAGGACUUUGAGAUCCUCAAGGUGAUUGGACGAGGAGCCUUUGGAGAGGUUGCUGUGGUCAAAGUGAAGAAUGCAGACAAGGUGUUUGCCAUGAAGAUCCUCAACAAGUGGGAGAUGCUGAAGAGAGCUGAGACGGCGUGUUUCCGGGAGGAGCGGGACGUGCUGGUAAACGGGGACAGCCAGUGGAUCACCACCCUGCACUACGCCUUCCAGGACGACAACAACCUAUAUCUGGUGAUGGAUUACUAUGUGGGUGGGGACCUGCUCACCCUGCUUAGUAAGUUUGAAGACCGGCUGCCAGAGGACAUGGCUAGAUUCUACCUAGCUGAGAUGGUGCUGGCUAUUGACUCAGUGCACCAACUGCACUACGUCCACAGGGACAUCAAGCCAGACAACAUCCUGAUGGAUAUGAACGGCCACAUCCGCUUGGCUGACUUUGGCUCCUGCCUUAAACUCAUGGAGGACGGCACGGUCCAGUCGUCGGUUGCCGUGGGGACCCCGGACUACAUCUCUCCGGAGAUCCUGCAGGCGAUGGAGGAUGGGAAGGGGAAGUAUGGUCCUGAAUGUGACUGGUGGUCCCUGGGAGUGUGCAUGUACGAGAUGCUCUAUGGGGAGACCCCCUUCUAUGCAGAGUCACUGGUGGAGACCUACGGCAAGAUCAUGAACCACAAGGAGGAGUUAGGUGCUGCUGAGCGUUUCCAGUUCCCCCUGCAGAUGACGGACGUGUCCGAAGACGCCAAGGACCUAAUCCGACGCCUCAUCUGCAGCCGGGAGCACCGCCUGGGCCAGAACGGCAUCGAGGACUUCAAAUCUCACCCCUUCUUCUCUGGCAUUGACUGGGACAACAUCCGUACGUGCGAGGCCCCCUACAUACCAGAAGUCAGCAGCCCCACAGACACAUCCAACUUUGACGUGGACGACGACUGUCUCAAGAACUCGGAGACGAUGCCCCCUCCCUCUCACACGGCCUUCUCUGGACACCACCUGCCCUUCGUAGGCUUCACCUACACAAGUAAAUGUACCCUGUCUGACCGGGGCUGUCUGAGGGAGUCAGGCGGUUCGGGUCCGGCCCAGAUGGAUGUGUGUGUCCAGCGCAGUCUGGAGGAGAGUCUGGCCACCGAGGCCUAUGAGAGGAGGAUACGACGUCUGGAGCAGGAGAAGACCGAGCUCAGCCGCAAGCUGCUAGAGUCGACCCAGACAGUCCAGGCCCUGCAGCACGCGUCAGGAGAAGGACCAGCACCCGUCCCCUCUAGCAAGGAGGUGGAGAUCAGGAGUCUGAAGACUGAGAUUGACAUCCUCAAGAAACAGAUCGCAGACUCAGGUCAACUGGAGCAGAAGUUGGAGGAAGCUACGUCAGCCCGUCGAGAAAUGGAGGACUCAUCCAAACACAUCAGGAGCCUGGAGAAACAGAUGAAGAGCCUCAACCUGGAGAGGGACGACCUGCACAAGGACUUAAUGGAGGCCAGUGAGAAGAUGAAGAGUCAGUCUAAGGAGUUGAAAGAAGCCCACAGCCAGAGGAAGCUGGCCAUGCAGGAGUUCUCCGAGCUCAACGAGCGUCUGACUGACCUCAGAUCAACCAAGCAGCGCCUGGGCCGCCAGCUCCGGGACAAGGAGGAGGAGAUGGAGGGUUUGUCCCAGAAGGUGGAGGCUCUACGGCUGGAGGUGCGCAAGGCCGAGAGGGCCAAGAAGGAGAUGGAGGCCCAGUCCGAGGCGCAGACCGCAGACUCUCAGAAGGAGAGGAAGCUGAGAGAACGAUCAGAGCAGUACUGCAGACAGCUAGAGGAGGAGCUGGACGGACUCAAGAAGCAGGUGGGGCCAUCAGCUUCGGUGGUGGGCUCGGACCAGAGCCAGGAGGUGGGGAAGCUGCGUGCCGACCUGGAGAAGAAGACCGUGUUCUACGAGGAGGAGCUGAGCAGGAGGGAGGCGCAGCACGCCAACGAGCUCAAGGGCCUCCGCAAGGAGCUCCGCGACGCAGAGGGACAGCAGCUCACCCUGCAGAAGGAGAUCCUGGUCCUCAAGGACAAACUGGAUAAGACGCGCAGGGAGAGCCAAAGCGAACGUGAAGAGUUUGAGACGGAGUACAAGCAGAAGUACGAGAGGGAGAGGGUCAUUUUGACAGAGGAGAACAAGAAGCUCUCCAGUGAACUGGACAAGCUGACCUCCAUGUUUGAGAAGCUGAGCAGCAGCAACAGACAGCUGGAGGAGGAGAUGAGGGAGCUGGCUGACAAGAAGGAGAGCGUUGCUCACUGGGAGGCCCAGAUCACUGAGAUCAUACAGUGGGUGAGCGAUGAGAAGGAUGCACGAGGCUACCUCCAGGCUCUGGCCACUAAGAUGACGGAGGAGCUGGAGGGACUGAGAAACACCAGCCUGGGUGCCAGGGCCACGCAGGACAUGCCGUGGAAGGUGCGGAGGUUUGCUAAGCUGGACAUGUCGGCCCGUCUGGAGCUGCAGUCUGCACUGGACGCUGAGAUCAGAGCCAAACAGACCAUCCAGGACGAACUGAACAAAGUCAAGGCCUCCAACAUCUCCACUGAGUGUAAGCUGCAGGAGUCGGACACUAAGAACCAGGACCUGCUAGCUGAGAUAGAGAGGCUGAAGAAGGAGACGGAGGAGCUCCGCCUGCGCAGGGGUGUGAAGCACCAGGACUCCCAGAACUCUUUUCUGGCCUUCCUCAACGCCCCCACCUCAGCCUUGGACCAGUUCGAUCGCUCUCCAUCCGUUGGGCCAACUAGCAAAGGCAGACGUUUGGACUCGGUGGAUAACUUCACUCCCUCCAACACUCCAUCCAGAGGCGAGGACUCCAAGUCCCAGCUCAAGUCUCGCUCACGGUCGCCCUCCAUGGCCAGCGACGUGGAGCCUAUAGAGUUGAUAGACCACCCCCCACGACCAGUCCAGACCCCCACCAUGCGAUCAGGAGGGUAUGGUAGUAUCGGCCGCUCAUCACCCAAGCCCAAAGCCCACCAGUUUGUGGUGAAGUCCUUCAGUGCUCCAACCAAGUGUAACCAGUGCACCUCUCUCAUGGUGGGACUCAUCCGCCAGGGCUGCACCUGCGAAGUGUGUAACUUCUCAUGCCACGUGACGUGUGCUGACAAGGCUCCAGCAGUGUGCCCCGUGCCACAUGACCAGACCAAGGGGCCGCUGGGCAUUGACCCUCAGAGGGGCAUCGGCACAGCCUAUGAGGGACACGUCAGAGUGCCCAAGCCAACAGGGGUGAAGAAGGGUUGGCAGCGGGCAGUGGCCGUAGUGUGUGACUUCAAGCUCUUCCUGUACGAGUUGGGAGAGGGCAAGACCACAACGCCCAGUGUGGUGGUCAGUCAGGUCAUAGACAUGAGGGAUGAGGAGUUUUCAGUCAGCUCUGUUAUGGCAUCUGAUGUCAUUCACGCCAGCCGCAAGGACAUCCCAUGUAUAUUCAGGGUGACUGCUUCCCAGCUGUCCGCCUCCUCCAGUCACAAGCCGUCCAUCCUGAUCCUGGCGGACACCGACCACGAGAGGAACAAGUGGGUGGGGCUUCUCAGUGAGCUGCACCGCAUCCUCAAGAAGAACAAGCUGAAGGAGCGCUUUGUCUAUGUGCCCAAAGAGGCUUACGACAGCACGCUACCGCUCAUCAAGACCACACAGUCCGCUGCUAUUAUAGAUCACGAGCGUGUUGCCCUGGGCAACGAGGAAGGCCUUUAUGUUAUCCAUGUCACCAAAGAUGAGAUCACCCGUGUGGGAGACAAUAAGAAGGUCUACCACAUCGACCUGGUCCCCCAGGAGCAGCUCCUAGCGGUCAUCUCCGGUCGUAACCGCCACGUCCGCCUCUUCCCCAUGGCUGCGCUGGACGGACGGGAGAUGGACUCCUACAAGCUGGCCGAGACCAAGGGCUGCACAGCGCUGGUGUCCGGCCCUGUCCGAAACAACUCCCUCAUCUGUCUGUGUGUGGCCAUGAAGAGACAGGUCAUUUGUUACGAGGUGAACAAGAGCAAGGUGCGCCACCGCCGGCUGCAGGAGCUCCAAACCCCAGGUCCUGUCCAGUGGAUGGGUCUCCUGAGCGAGCGGCUGUGUGUGGGCUACCAGGCUGGCUUCACGCGCUACAGCGUCCACGGGGACUGUGCCCCGGUCAGCCUGCUGCACCCCGAGGACCACACCCUGGCCUUCAUCUCCCAGCAGGCCCUGGACGCGUUGUGUGCCGUGGAGAUCUCCUCCAAGGAGCUGCUGCUAUGCUUCUCAGCCAUAGGGGUCUAUGUGGACUCGCAGGGCCGCCGCUCGCGCCAGCAGGAGCUGAUGUGGCCGGCCGUACCUAACUCCGCCUGUUAUAACGCCCCCUACCUGUCAGUGUACAGUGAGAACGCUGUGGAUGUGUUUGAUGUCAACACAAUGGAGUGGAUUCAGACAAUCCCACUAAAGAAGGUGCGACCUCUGAACCCUGACGGAUCCCUGAACCUCCUGGGUCUGGAGACAGUGAGGCUCAUCUACUUCCGAAACAAGACGGCAGAGGGUGAUGAGCUGGUGGUCCCCGAGACGUCUGACAACAGCAGGAAGCAGAUGGUUCGCAGCUUGAACAACAAGAGACGCUUCUCCUUCAGAGUCCCUGAAGAGGAGCGGCUACAGCAGAGGAGAGAGAUGCUGAGAGACCCAGAGAUGAGGAACAAGCUGAUUUCCAACCCCACCAACUUCAACCACGUGGCCCACAUGGGACCUGGGGACGGUAUCCAGAUCCUCAAAGACCUGCCCAUGAACGUGCGUGUUCAGGAGAGUCGUGCUGCAGGCUUCAGUGGCUCCGUGUCCAUCCCCUCCAUCACCAAGAACAGAGCCGAGCCGGGACGGUCCAUGAGCGCCAGCAGUGGACUGGGCAUCCGUUCGUCAUCUCAGAACGGCAGUGCGUUGAGGAGAGAGCUGUCCGGGGGUAGCUACAGCUCUAAGCGCCAGACCAUGACCUCUCCCUCCGAGAGCUCCUUGUCCUCCGGAGGGGGUAUGGACGGCUGCAGCGACGCACCCCUCUCCCAGUUCGACAGAGAGUGGCAGGCGGUCUCGCCAUCGGAGAAGACCCCUGAUCUGAAAAGGGCUUUAAGGACCCUGCUUAGUAAAAUGAAGGACUCUGACUCGCCCCGUCACUCGACGGCGUCAAACAGUUCUACGUUCAGCAGUCCCCCCAGCCCGGCCUCACCCCACAAGACCAAGUCCCUCUCACUGGAGAGCACAGACCGCAUGACUGGCUGGGACACAUGAGUGACAGACAGCACACCGCUCCAAUCCCUGACCCUCACCAAGCCCCCGGGCCCACACCCCUUCCCAGGCUCAGCCUAUCCCCUGCCCAUGGAACUGCACCCGCUGCCACAGGCCCCUCCCACUUACUUACUUCACCUUUGACCUCCCACAAAGUUCCCAAGAUGGAGCUGAAAUCUACAAACAAACACAGGGAAAGGAAGUGUUUGACCAAGAAGGAAAUACUAGGAGUGUGUGUGUGUGUGUGUGUGUGUGUGUGUGUGUGUGUGUGUGUGUGUGUGUGUGUGUGUGUGUGUGU